UUUGGUGGUCAAAAUGGGAGAGCUGUUCAGAAGUGAGGAGAUGACCCUGGCCCAGCUCUUUCUCCAGUCAGAGGCAGCCUACUGCUGUGUCAGCGAGCUGGGAGAACUGGGCAUGGUCCAGUUUAGAGAUCUGAACCCAGACGUAAACGUGUUCCAGCGCAAGUUUGUGAAUGAAGUGAGGAGAUGUGAGGAGAUGGACAGGAAACUGAGGUUUGUGGAGAAGGAGAUCAAGAAAGCCAACAUCCCAACUGUGGACACUGGAGAGAAUCCAGAGGUGCCUUUUCCCAGAGACAUGAUCGAUUUAGAGGCCACCUUUGAGAAGCUGGAGAAUGAACUGAAGGAGAUCAACACCAACCAGGAGGCCCUGAAGAAGAACUUCCUGGAACUGACGGAGCUCAAACACAUCCUACGUCGAACCCAGCAGUUCUUUGAUGAGAUGGAGGAUCCCAACCUGCUGGAGGAGUCAUCAGCCCUGAUGGAGGGCAGUGAAGGGGGCCGCGGGGCCCCACUCAGACUGGGGUUUGUGGCUGGAGUGAUCAGCAGGGAGAGGAUUCCCACCUUUGAGAGGAUGCUGUGGAGGGUGUGUCGUGGUAACGUCUUCUUAAGGAAGGCAGAGAUCGAGGAUCCCCUGGAGGACCCCACCACGGGAGACCAAGUCCAUAAAUCAGUGUUCAUCAUCUUCUUCCAAGGUGACCAGCUGAAGAACAGGGUGAAGAAGAUCUGUGAGGGGUUCCGUGCUUCUCUCUACCCGUGUCCAGAGACCCCACAGGAGAGGAAGGAGAUGCUGGCAGGAGUCAACAGCCGCAUCGACGACCUCCAGAUGGUGCUGAACCAAACAGAGGACCACCGUCAGCGGGUGCUGCAGGCCGCCUCCAAGACCAUGCGGGUGUGGUUCAUCAAGGUGAGGAAGAUGAAGGCCAUCUACCACACUCUCAACCUCUGCAACAUCGAUGUCACCCAGAAGUGUCUGAUUGCGGAGGUGUGGUGUCCCGUCUCGGACCUGGAUUCCAUCCAGUUCGCUCUGCGCAGGGGGACGGAGAGGAGUGGCUCGACGGUGCCAUCCAUCCUCAACAGGAUGCAGACCAAGCAGACUCCACCCACCUUCAACAAGACCAACAAGUUCACGUCAGGCUUCCAGAACAUCGUUGACGCCUAUGGCAUCGGGAACUACCGAGAGAUCAAUCCAGCUCCCUACACCAUCAUUACUUUCCCCUUUCUGUUUGCGGUGAUGUUUGGUGACAUGGGUCACGGCGUGCUGAUGACCUGUGCUGCCCUCUACCUGGUCAUCCGAGAGAGUCGCCUCCUUGCCCAGAAGAGCGACAAUGAGAUGUUUAACAUGGUGUUUGCUGGACGCUACAUCAUCCUCCUGAUGGGGAUCUUCUCCGUCUAUACCGGCAUCAUUUACAACGACUGCUUCUCCAAAUCCCUGAACAUGUUCGGCUCUGGAUGGAGCGUCAGGCCCAUGUUUGGCUCCAAAGGAGCUAACUGGUCAUCUGAGACACUUGAAGGAAAUGCAGUCCUACAGUUAGACCCAGCAAUUCCUGGUGUAUUCAGCGGGCCUUAUCCACUUGGAAUCGACCCGAUCUGGAAUGUUGCCACCAACAAGCUGACUUUCCUCAACUCCUUCAAGAUGAAGAUGUCUGUGAUCCUGGGUGUCAUCCACAUGCUGUUUGGAGUGACUCUCAGUCUCUUCAACCACCUGUACUUCAAGAAGCCACUCAACAUCUUUCUGGGCUUCAUCCCAGAGAUUGUCUUCAUGGCCAGCCUGUUCGGCUACCUCGUCCUGCUGGUCUUCUACAAGUGGACAGCUUAUGACGCCAACACGUCCAAGGACGCUCCCAGCCUGCUCAUCCACUUCAUCAACAUGUGUCUCUUCAACUACAAUGACCCCACCAACAAGCCCCUCUACAGGGGACAGAUGGGGAUCCAGGUUUUGUUGGUGCUGAUUGCCCUUGCAUGUGUACCCUGUAUGCUGAUUGUGAAAACUAUGGUGCUUCGGCGUCAGCACCUGUGGAAAAAGCACCUGUCCCAGAAGAGGGAAGAAACCCCUGCAGAGAAUCUAGAGCAGUCUUUAGAGCAAACAGGCGUGUCCUCAUCAUGCACCGGACUCACCCAACAGGGCACGCAGAAGUUCGGAGGUGUGCGGGUGGGUAACGGGCCCACGGAGGACGAGGCUGGCAUCAUGGACCACGACCAGCUCUCCCAGCACUCAGAGGAAGGAGAUGAGCACUCAGAGGAAGAGCCGUUUAACUUUGGUGACGUAGCUGUCCACCAGGCCAUCCAUACCAUAGAGUACUGUCUGGGAUGCAUCUCCAACACAGCCUCCUACCUGCGCCUCUGGGCCCUCAGCCUGGCUCACGCACAGCUGUCAGAGGUGCUGUGGUCCAUGGUGAUGCACCUGGGUCUGUCCUCCCGGAGCGGGGGCGGGUUCUUCGGCCUGUCCAUCAUCUUCUCGGCCUUUGCCACCCUCACUGUCGCCAUCCUGCUCGUCAUGGAGGGGCUGUCAGCCUUCCUGCAUGCCCUGCGUCUGCACUGGGUGGAGUUCCAGAACAAGUUCUACUCCGGCCAGGGCUUCAAGUUCGUCCCCUUCUCGUUUGAGAGCAUCCUGGAGGGACGAUUUGACGAGUGAUCAGGCCUCAGCUCCUCCAGCAUGAGUCCCCCGGCCUCCUCCGUCCCCCCUCUCUCUCUCUCUCUCUCCUCAAUUUAUGGGCCCAUGUGCAACCCUCUGUCUCCCCCUAGUGGCCAUUUGUGGAACCUUAGUAGUGUGUAAUCGCUGUAAUGUAAAUCCUUCAAAGAGGCUUUUUCUUCCACUGCACCAUCACUGUACUGAGGAAGUCAGCACGGUCACCACCACUGUCAUAGCAUCUCCUCUACCUAUAAAUCUGUUCAGGAGAUCAUGUGAUACCAAUUAUAUUUACUGAGCAGGGUCAUCAGAUGCUUUUAAAAUAAAGGCCAUAAUCUACAAAACAUAAACUAAAGAUCAGUGAAACAACAAAAACGAAGGACUAAGCUGUAAUAAGCUGAGUUUAUAUUAUUUAAUGGGCUGUUAAUGCAGCGUGGUGAACCCUCAGUAUGGACCAUGAAAUAAUAGAAUCAGAGUAUGGACUAAAACAGAUGUGCUGAUUUGUUACUGUAAGAAACAUAAAGCAGUGUUAUAGUGAGAAGAGAAGAUCUCUGUCCUCGACAAGAUGGAGACAUGAUGUCCUUUGUGCUGUGACCUCUAGCUUCCUCGAGCUCAUUCUGUUGUAAAUCAUGCUUUUUUUUUUUCCAAAACAUCUUUCUUUGAGAUCACAGUGUUUUUUUUUUCAUUGUCAGUAUUUCUUUGGCCAUGCAGUGUUUCCAACAGAUGACUCCAUUAAGGUGUGUGUGUGUGUCCUCUCAAGCUCUAAACAUCUCUUCCAUUCAGACUGAGACACAGUCACAAUCACGUUUGUCUGAUAAUCAAAGUUAUUGAUAUUGAAUGUUUUUUUUUUUUGUUUUGAUUCAGUAAACAUGUUUUCAGUGUUGCUGUGUUGUAUUUACGUAUUGAUACUAAAUGGCUGAAGAAAGCGUCAA